UAUUACAAAUUCAAGAUGGAUGGUGGUAGGCUCCGUGGAAUGGUUGCUCCAAUACUUCGUCAAAUAUUUCGUCAAAUCUCUUAAAGCAAAGAUGGAUAAAGUUGUUAAAAUCCGAGAGAUUAAUCCUCACAUUGUGUGCAGCCUUUGUGCCGGAUACUUCAUUGAUGCUACAACGAUAACAGAAUGCUUACAUACAUUUUGCAGACGUUGCAUCAUCAAAUACCUGCAACUCAGCAAAUACUGCCCGACGUGCAACAUGAAAGUCCACGAAACUCAACCGUUACUCAACGUCAGGCUUGAUAGGACGAUGCAAGAUAUUGUUUAUAAAGUUGUUCCAAACUUAUUUGAAGAUGAAGAAGUGAGGGAACAUGAAUUUUACGAAGAAAGAGGAAUGCCAGUGCCAAAGAAAGAUAUCGAAUCGGAAGAAUGCGAAAGCGACGAGGAAUCGCACUCAUCUUUGGUGAACGACGUCACAGAAUACAUGAACAAUUACCGUGACGAUGAGUUGAUUUCAAUUUACUUUAAGCCGUACGACGGACCUUUGGAAAAUCUCUACAAACACGUAAUAUCAAGACAGUAUUUACGUUGCUCGCAUCGUGUGCUUAUAUUGUAUCUUGAAAAACUGUUUAAAAAAAAGAUCAACCUGAUGGAAGAACAAGAGUUGCAGUUUUUCUGUGAAAAUAAAUUGGUUAAUAGUGCAAGCUCAUUGAAGCAAUUGUAUGUCGUGAAUUGGGGAUUAAAGGAUUUACGAAUGUGUCUUCAAUAUCGCGUGUAUUCAACGCCCAACGUCAUCAUUCAUAAGGAUAUUUCGACUAGUUUCUACUCUCCAUUGACGCAAGAUACCAUCGUUCAGAACGAUAUUUCAACUAUUUAUUCUCCAUUGACGCAAGAUACCAUCGUUCAGAACGAUAUUUCAACUGUUCAUUCUCCAUUGACGCAAGAUACCGUUAUUCAAAUGGAUAUUUCAUCUAGUGUCCAUUCUCCAUUAACACAAGAUUCCAUUAUUCAGAAGGAUAUUUCAACUAGUGUCCGUUCUCCAUUGGCGCACGAUACCACUAUUCAGAAGGAUAAUUCUACUAGUGUCCCUUCUCCAUUGACGCAAGAUUCCAGUAUUCAUAAGGAUACUUCAACUAGUGUCCAUUGUCCAUUGACGCAAGAUACAUGGUUGUAAUGAUUCUUCAAGGAAAUUGAUUUUCCUGUUAUGCAAGGGAUUUCCUUUGACAUUAAUGUGGUCGUUUAUCUUUCUUUACAUGAAUUUCCACCAGAAAGUUGUGAUACGGUUUUCACGUAUGUGUGGUGUACCUAAUGAAUGGUGCACGUUGCGGUUGAAGUUGACUAAUAAUUCUCGUGUAGUAGCUUCAAGUAUUUCGUUGUUACUGGCUGAAGCUUGGGUAGAGUAGAACAUGUACUUAUGGUUUGUGCAAGGCAUUGUAGGUACUGCGGAGCCUGGGGACCCAUUCCACUCUUUCUCUCUCUCAUCAUUAUUUUUUAACUGAAAGAAAUCUGUUGGUCCAGAGUUGGCUAAACUUACAAAGAUAGCAAUCUGCCUUUCAAGGAGGAAGGGAUUGAAUUCACGAUUUCCACAGUCUAAUCCUUACCCUCCGCAGUGAACGUUCCACUUUCUGUAAAAUGAUUAGAAACCGAUAAAAAGCAAUUUGGUUUUCUUAUGAUACAAACUAGACCAUGUAUUGUCGUAAUCGUUAUCGAAUCGAUACUUUAAUAUCGCCCAUCACUGCAAAUGUGUUAAAUAUUUACAGUACUGUAGUAUCCAUACAACUUACACAAAACCCAAUGAUUUUUCUAAUUUUUCUCAUAAGAAAUUGUUGCGCUUUUUGCUUGUCUGAGCACAUAAGAUAACAGCAAGCAAAGAGAGGUUAAAAAAGCAGCAAAAACUUUAACUUUUUAAAAAAGAUCUGUUCACAAGUUAUAUUUAACUAACACACAUUAAGGAGACAUACUAGUUUUAUUAAAUUCAUUGCUUUCACGAA